AUGGCUGACACUCCACCUUCCUCCGCUCUCCCCUCAGCACCUUCCUCCAGGCCCCUCAGCACCUUCCUCCGGUCUCCCCUCAGCACCUUCCUCCGGUCUCCCCUCAGCACCUUCCUCCGCUCUCCCCUCAGCACCUUCCUCCAGGCCCCUCAGCACCUUCCUCCGGUCUCCCCCCAGCACCUUCCUCCGCACCUUCCUCCGUUCUCCCCCCAGUACCUUCCUCCAGGCCCCUCAGCACCUUCCUCCGCACCUUCCUCCAGGCCCCUCAGCACCUUCCUCCGCUCUCCCCCCAGCACCUUCCUCCGUUCUCCCCCCAGCACCUUCCUCCAGGCCCCUCAGCACCUUCCUCCGCACCUUCCUCCGUUCUCCCCAGCACCUUCCUCCAGGCCCCUCAGCACCUUCCUCCGCACCUUCCUCCGACCUCGCCUCAGCACCUUCCUCCGUUCUCCCCCCAGCACCUUCCUCCGACCUCGCCUCAGCACCUUCCUCCGGUCUCCCCCCAGCACCUUCCUCUGCACCUUCCUCCGACCUCGCCUCAGCACCUUCCUCCGGUCUCCCCCCAGCACCUUCCUCUGCACCUUCCUCCGUUCUCCCCCCAGCACCAUCCUCCGGUCUCUCCCCAGCACCUUCCUCCGGUCUCCCCACAGCACGUUCCUCCGGUCUCCCCUCAGCACCUUCCUCCGGUCUCCCCACAACACGUUCCUCUGGUCUCCCCACAGCACCUUCCUCCGGUCUCCCCUCAGCGCCUUCCUCCGGUCUCCCCACAGCACCUUCCUCUGGUCUCCCCUCAGCACCUUCCUCCGCUCUCCCCACAGCACCUUCCUCUGCACCUUCCUCCGACCUCGCCUCAGCACCUUCCUCCGGUCUCCCCCCAGCACCUUCCUCCGACCUCGCCUCAGCACCUUCCUCCGGUCUCCCCCCAGCACCUUCCUCUGCACCUUCCUCCGUUCUCCCCCCAGCACCAUCCUCCGGUCUCUCCCCAGCACCUUCCUCCGCACCUUCCUCCAGGCCGCUCAGCACCUUCCUCCGCUCUCCCCCCAGCACCUUCCUCCGUUCUCCCCCCCAGCACCUUCCUCCAGGCCCCUCAGCACCUUCCUCCGCACCUUCCUCCGACCUCGCCUCAGCACCUUCCUCCGGUCUCCCCCCAGCACCUUCCUCCGACCUCGCCUCAGCACCUUCCUCCGGUCUCCCCCCAGCACCUUCCUCUGCACCUUCCUCUGGUCUCCCCUCAGCGCCUUCCUCCGGUCUCCCCACAGCACCUUCCUCUGGUCUCCCCUCAGCACCUUCCUCCGCUCUCCCCACAGCACCUUCCUCCGGUCUCCCCACAGCACCUUCCUCUGGUCUCCCCACAGCACGUUCCUCUGGUCUCCCCACAGCACCUUCCUCCGGUCUCCCCUCAGCGCCUUCCUCCGCACCUUCCUCCGACCUCGCCUCAGCACCUUCCUCCGUUCUCCCCCCAGCACCUUCCUCCGACCUCGCCUCAGCACCUUCCUCCGGUCUCCCCCCAGCACCUUCCUCUGCACCUUCCUCCGUUCUCCCCCCAGCACCAUCCUCCGGUCUCUCCCCAGCACCUUCCUCCGGUCUCCCCACAGCACGUUCCUCCGGUCUCCCCUCAGCACCUUCCUCCGGUCUCCCCACAACACGUUCCUCUGGUCUCCCCACAGCGCCUUCCUCCGGUCUCCCCUCAGCGCCUUCCUCCGGUCUCCCCACAGCACCUUCCUCUGGUCUCCCCUCAGCACCUUCCUCCGCUCUCCCCACAGCACCUUCCUCUGCACCUUCCUCCGCUCUCCCCCCAUCACCUUCCUCCGCUCUCCCCCCAGCACCUUCCUCCGCACCUUCCUCCGACCUCGCCUCAGCACCUUCCUCCGGUCUCCCCCCAGCACCUUCCUCCGACCUCGCCUCAGCACCUUCCUCCGGUCUCCCCCCAGCACCUUCCUCUGCACCUUCCUCCGUUCUCCCCCCAGCACCAUCCUCCGGUCUCUCCCCAGCACCUUCCUCCGGUCUCCCCACAGCACGUUCCUCCGGUCUCCCCUCAGCACCUUCCUCCGGUCUCCCCACAGCACGUUCCUCUGGUCUCCCCACAGCACCUUCCUCCGGUCUCCCCUCAGCGCCUUCCUCCGGUCUCCCCACAGCACCUUCCUCUGGUCUCCCCUCAGCACCUUCCUCCGCUCUCCCCACAGCACCUUCCUCUGCACCUUCCUCCGGUCUCCCCUCAGCGCCUUCCUCCGGUCUCCCCACAGCACCUUCCUCUGGUCUCCCCUCAGCACCUUCCUCCGCUCUCCCCACAGCACCUUCCUCUGCACGUUGCUCUGGUCUCCCCCUGGCACCUUCCUCCGACCUCACCUCAGCACCUUCCUUCUGUCUCCCCCCAGCACCUUCCUCCGACCUCGUCUCAGCAUCUUCCUCCGACCUCGCCUCAGCACCUUCCUCCGACCUCGCCCCAGCACCUUUCCCUCCCCCCACAAUAACAAUAUCGGAUACCGGGAAGGAUACCAGGAAGGUGCUGUUAUGUUCUAA